AUGGAGUCGUGCUUUGUGUCUCGUCCCUCCACCAAACCCAUGCGACACUUCCUCGCGUUACGCUCGCAUUUGACAGAUUCUGAGAUGGACUAUGAGAGGCCUAACGUUGAAACCAUCAAAUGUGUGGUGGUCGGAGACAAUGCCGUGGGGAAGACCCGCCUCAUCUGUGCCAGGGCCUGCAAUGCCACGCUCACACAAUACCAGUUGUUGGCGACACACGUGCCCACGGUCUGGGCUAUAGACCAGUACAGAGUAUGCCAGGAGGUUUUGGAGCGCUCCAGAGAUGUGGUUGAUGAUGUCAGUGUGUCCCUGCGUCUCUGGGAUACUUUCGGGGACCACCACAAGGACAGACGUUUUGCGUAUGGCAGGUCCGAUGUGGUGGUACUGUGCUUCUCCAUUGCCAACCCGAACUCUUUGUAUCACGUGAAGACCAUGUGGUACCCCGAGAUUAAGCACUUUUGUCCCCGGGCGCCCGUCAUCCUGGUGGGCUGUCAGUUGGACCUACGCUACGCAGAUCUGGAGGCAGUGAACAGGGCGCGGAGGCCUUUGGCAAGACCCAUUAAAUCAAAUGAGAUACUUCCCCCAGAGAGAGGCCGAGAGGUGGCCAAAGAGUUGGGAGUGCCGUAUUACGAAACCAGCGUUGUCGCUCAAUUUGGAGUCAAGGACGUCUUUGACAACGCUAUCCGAGCUGCGCUUAUCUCGCGCCGCCACCUGCAAUUUUGGAAGUCUCAUCUCCGAAAUGUGCAGCGGCCGCUCCUCCAGGCGCCGUUCCUGCCGCCCAAACCCCCGCCGCCGAUAAUCACCGUGCCGCCGCCCCCGACGACCACAGAAGAGCACCCGGUGGGUCUUCUCGAGGACCCGCACUGCGCCGAUGUCAUCCUGGUGCUGCAGGAGCGCCAGAAGAUCUUUGCGCACAAGAUAUACUUAUCCACAUCCUCCUCAAAGUUCUACGACCUCUUUAUAAUGGAAACGCAAAACGAGGAGAGCGAACGGCCCAGCCGCGGUCCGCUUUCGGGCCGAGAGCUGCUGAUGCGCGCCGCCAGCUUCGACGUGUGCGAGAGCAACGACGAAGGCGACAGGGCCAACCUGAGAGCCUGCACCAGUGACGGAACUCUGAAGGACUCGGAAGGAGGCCGUCGAGGCCGCUUGCUUUCCUCGUGGAGCCGAGCGUUCGUCAGCAUCCAGGAGGAGCUGGUGGACGACCCCAUAACGUACAGCCCCAGGCCCAUGACCGUCGUACACAUGGACCAGUCCAUGCAGCUCGGACCCUUUCGAGCCGUGCUCCGCUACCUGUACACGGGCCAGCUGGACGAGAACGAGAAGGAGCUCAUGCACAUUGCGCACAUCGCCGAGCUGCUGGAGGUGUUUGAUCUGCGCAUGAUGGUGGCAAAUAUACUCAACAACGAAGCUUUCAUGAACCAAGAAAUCACCAAAGCCUUCCAUGUACGCCGAACAAACCGAGUCAAAGAGUGCUUGGCUAAAGGAACCUUCUCUGACGUCAUCUUCAAGUUAGACGAUGGAACCAUCAUGGCCCACAAGCCUCUGCUCAUCUCAAGUUGUGACUGGAUGGCGGCUAUGUUUGGUGGACCUUUUGUGGAGAGUUGCACAAAAGAGGUGCUGUUUCCCAACACCACUCGAAGCUGCAUGAGGGCCGUGCUGGAGUAUCUUUACACGGGUCGCUUCUGUUCUCGCACUGACCUGGAUGCGAUGGAGCUUAUCGUUCUUGCCAACCGUCUCUGCCUCCCCCACUUGGUUGCACUUACAGAACUCUACACGGUAACGGUGCUGACGGAGGCAGCAAUGAUGGGGGCUGACAUUGAUGGAGAGGUUUUGGUGUAUCUGGACAUGGCCCAGUUCCACGGUGCCCAGCAGUUGACCGGCUGGUGCCUUCACCACAUCUGCACCAACUACAACAGCGUUUGCCGCAAGUUCCCCAGAGACAUGAAGGCCAAGUCUGCAGAUAACCAAGACUACUUUGAGAAGCACCGCUGGCCACCAGUGUGGUUCCUAAAAGAGGACGACCACUACCAAAGAGCUCGGAAGGAGCGUGAUAAGGAGGACUACCUUUACCAGAGGCGCCAGUGUAAACGCAAGUGGCUUUUCUGGAACCUUCCUUCAUCCCCCAACUCAAACUCUUCUUCUUCUGGUUCUUCUGCUGUCAUCUGAGCAAGUGCAAAGGAACUGGGGUGAUUGCAUUCAAAUAUUCAAAGUUUUCAAGCUCUUAAAAAAAAAAAUCUAGGUGCCCACAAAAACACCCAAAACAAUUCUUGCAAAUGACCCCAGAGUUCAAAAGAGAAUAUAUAUAUAUAUACAAACUUUUCACCUGUAUGAUAAUGAUCUUUAUCUAACCUGAAGUGAUAACCAAGUGCUGCUUAUUAGCUGCAACAACCAGCAAAUCAACACACAACCCAAGUCUCAGAGAUAUAGCACUUUGUCCUUAAGUGUUUGUACAAUCUACCACACAGUGAGAACAGUCUGUCCUCAACAACAAGACCGACCAUGUUAACUGGAAUCGUGUCGAAAUGUGACACUAUUGGCACCUGCGUUACUUUUCUUGAAUGUUUUCAUUCACUUUGCAGAGCUAAGAGUGUGUCUGGAAAUGCUCGCUAUUGAUUAUUAUGUGUCGUGAUCCUGUCUGUGGCCUCACAAGGGCUGUCGUUUACACGAAUGCAUUCAUGGUCCUGAGACACAAGGGACCCCCAAUUUUUCGUGUUUUCUUUCAAAUGCAAGAAAAAAGAUUAGAUCAGAUCCAUCAUCACAAGGGAAGGGGGUAAUAAUCAAUUAUCUGAUGAAGGGAUCAUUAAUAACUAGCUAGCGGUAGGCUAGCUCUAGGCUAGCUAGCUAGCUAGCUCUUUUUGGACUCCUCACCAUACACGAGAACCUGCUUUUUUUUAACAUGACGAGACAUUAAGUAUGACAUCAUCAAAAAAUUGCUGCUCAAAAUGUUCCAGUGGGAUACAAACCCAUUUCUGGAAAAACAAAGAUGUAUUGUUCAUUUGUGGUCAUUUCUCACACCUUGCACUACAGUGUUUCAAAUGGUCAUGUUGUGUCUUGUAUGUGAUUGUGGGUGGACAAGGGAGGAUUGUAAAUUGUACAUUGGUUGUUAAACUGUGUAAUGUGCAGUCACUUUAUAUUGUGCGCUGCAGGCAUUGAGCAGGACGGCACACUAUCAUGGAUUAAUACGUUACGGAAUAUAGGCUUGACUAAUCGUUUAUGUGCAGCUACUUACUGUUGCGGAAAAAUGACCCAAUGACUCAUUCUGCUGGCCUCCAGUUACAUUACUAAGACAUAUUGUUGUAUUACGGCAAAGUAGAGAUGUUUAAAUUAGACCUGCAUUACAACAUAGCACAUGAUAGAAUCAAUAAAACACGUUUUAUUUUUAUUAUGAAAUAUUCAGAGUCCCAACAAGAGCUUAAGAUGGGAAAGGGAUACGAAACAAACUGGUGUCUAAACCGAUUUCCUGCUUGUACUGUAAUAAUGCUACAUUUUAUGAUUAUGGUUAUUCCAGGGAUUUUAUUAAAAAAUGAAAAUCCUUCUGAUUGGAAAGGGUUCUCCACCCCCUUGUUGUACAAUGAUAAGCAUGUAGCUCCUCUCUCAAAGCAACAAAAAGACAUUGUGUUUCACAUAAAAGAAAAGAAAAAAAAACACUCUACAUUGUUAAUGAAUAGUUAGUUAGUCAGCAGAAUAAUAAGUAUUGAUAUAUUUUUUCCCUCCAGUGGUGUGUUUCAUCUAUGAACAUGCAUUUAACGCUUCUGCGUAUUGCUUUUAGAACAAUUUCUGCUGAUGUUUGACAUCAAUGACACCUCACGCCUUAAUGUACAGUGUCAGUGUAUGGUAUUGAAUGUAAAGUAGUGUUCCUUUGUGCGUAUCAAUGUUCAUAUUUCAGAAUGUGGAUGUCAAGCAAUCUGUGUGCAAUAUGAGUGCUUUAGUUUGAACUUUGCAUAUCUUGUUUCAUGCUCACAACAGAGAGAAAAUAUUCUGGCCAAGAUGAGGCUCAGUUUAAAAAAGAAAAAAAAAUCAUACAUUUGCAGCAUUAGUCAUCUAAUGAAUGCAGGGAUCUAAAAUGAGUUUAUUCCAUUCAAGCUAGAAUUAUUCAAUAAAAAAAUAGUGAGACCACACAAAAUUAGACUGGGAUUUAAAAUUGUAAAUAAAUGCAAGCGAUACGCUAUGGUGCAUAUCCAACAAAGGUUUUCUACUGUGCAUAUUUAAAUUUCAGACUACAAAUUUGCACUGCUUUGUAGCAAACGGUUCUAUUCAAAUGACUCAAAUCAUUAGCUAUGUAGACAACGUCAGGUAAAGUUAAAAAAAAAGAUAAUACAAUUUAUUCUAGAGCCCUUUUUGUGUUUGGGUGCUAAUAUUGCCGCUGCAGAAAAGCACAAACCAAAGGGAGCUUAAGCAGCACCAGGAAUAUAUAAAUAUGUAUAUGCUGCACAAUCACUAUUGCAUAGUUUAAGAGGCCUUGUUUGGAAAUUCAAAAAAAAAAAAAGAAACUUAAAAAAAAAGAACUUGAAUGUUUUCUCAGUGUUCUAAGCCUAGGUGACGUUUUCCUGAAGUCAUCGGGUGGCUUUGAUUCUCAAAAAGAUCUUUGUAUUGUUUAUUGAAAUCUGGAAUUCUGUAGCAUGUGUUCUUGAAAAUAUGUAAAUAAAUUUACUAC